CUUAGACCCCGCACCUCAGGUGAGCCUACGUCAUUCCCAGGGGGAUCCGCUGGUGUACCUAUCCUGCUGGUUCCAGCAAUGGAUAAUUUUGAAUAUAGUAUUCAAAUCAAUGACCAAGACUGGGAGGAAUUUUACUCCACGGCUGAGGAAUGUGGCUUAAUGCAAGUGUCGUUGGCCUCAGAGGAGGAACUUUUACUGAGUGACACAGAAGAGGAAGAUGCCUUAUGCUCCACAGUAACUAGCAAUCCAAAGUUUCUCCGGGUCAGCUUAUGUCCACCAGUGGGGGACCACAGGGAACCCCAGACCAUGCCAGUAUCCUUUUCUCCACCCAGACAUUCAGCCUACAAAUGGAUAGGUUCAAGUGAUGAUGUAUUGUCUGGCAGUGAGGAUGAAGAGGAGUUUGGAUCAGUCGCUAGGUUUCUUUGUCAGAAAGAGACUCUAUUGUCCAAGAAGGUGGUGACAGAACAUAAAACAGGCAUUCCAAGUCCAAAACUCAAGGACAACUAUUUAACCAUAGAAAAAUCUCAAGACAGCCCAGUUAAUGAAAGUCUUGCAGAAACGUAUGAGGUCUCUCAACACAAAGAGGAAAUCCCAUAAUGAAGGGGACAGAGAAGAAAUCCAAGCUGAGAGCACAGAAAGAACAAAUCCCUCGCCAAUUUUUAGUGGAGAGUCAGAAAGAGGGCACCCUAAUGGCAGACAAUUAAUUUCUGUAACUACUAAUAAUCCAUCUAGAACCAAUGCGCAGUUACUUUAUUUAAAAGAUUCACCUGAUAUUUCAAAGGAUAAUCAAAGUUGUAAGAUUGUAAACAACCCUUCCUUAUCAGAGUGUCUACUGAAUGGAUACAUUCCUGGUAGAAAUAAUACAAAAGAGGAUCCUCAAAGGUGUUAUUUGCAAAGUCUGACCACUUUACAUGCAAGCCUGGAACAUUAUGACCAACUGACUGCUAAAAAUGAAACUGAUGACUUCGUAAACACAAAUUCAGCACUUCAUACAAUGGACAAUCAUGUUUCAACUAAAAAUAUUUUCAAUGCCCACAUGAUGCAAUAUGAUAUCCAGGACUGUAUCCUGCACUUUACAACCAAAGCCCCUGGAGAUUCCUCAGCCGUGCAGCAAAAUAUCCCAGUUCCCCUGAUUGAAAAUUUGGAUUUAUCCAAUACUCAAUCAAAUAUACAGGAGCCUGACACCAGAGUAUCUGUGAGCUCACAUAAGUUGAGUUUUGACCAGUAUAGAUUUCCCAGAGCUGAGGGUACAAAUCUUGCAUGCAGCUUGGUACCUGCUACAAUUAGUGGACAUACUGGGUUCAGUAGGAGCCUAUCAACAAAACACCAGUCACCAUCAUAUAGAAAUACAGUUCUCACGCUUCCUGAAAUGUAUGACUUUUUCUUUGAUGAUGUUUCAGAAUCCGGAAUUGUUGAGACUGGAACAGAUAUGGCAAGUCAAGAAGCAAUACAAGAAGCGAUCGUAUACACACCA